AAUUGGACGUCACUGGGAAGCCGGGCUGCCCGGAGGAGCUCAGUGGGAGUGGUGCGGCUCUGCUGCAGGGCAUCCUAGAAACCCGAGCUGCAGCGUACUCGGUCUGCAAGCUAAUAUUUUAAAAAUGACCACACCAAACAAGACCCCUCCUGGUGCUGACCCUAAGCAGUUGGAAAGGACUGGCACAGUACGGGAAAUUGGGUCACAAGCUGUUUGGUCACUCUCAUCUUGCAAACCAGGAUUUGGAGUGGAUCAAUUACGAGAUGACAAUCUAGAAACUUAUUGGCAAUCAGAUGGCUCCCAACCUCAUUUAGUGAACAUUCAAUUCAGAAGAAAAACAACCGUGAAAACAUUAUGUAUUUAUGCGGAUUACAAAUCUGAUGAAAGCUAUACUCCAAGCAAGAUCUCAGUCAGAGUAGGAAAUAAUUUCCAUAACCUUCAAGAAAUUCGGCAACUUGAAUUGGUGGAACCAAGUGGCUGGAUUCAUGUUCCCUUAACUGAUAACCAUAAGAAGCCAACUCGCACAUUCAUGAUACAGAUUGCUGUUCUAGCCAAUCACCAAAACGGAAGAGACACCCACAUGAGACAAAUUAAAAUAUAUACACCAGUGGAAGAGAGCUCCAUUGGUAAAUUUCCUAGAUGUACAACUAUUGAUUUCAUGAUGUAUCGUUCAAUAAGGUGACCUGGAAACAGAAGUCAUUAAACAUAUCUUUAUUUUCUCUGGUCAGUAAAUAUAUCUGGUAUCUUUAUUGAAAAAUCCUCAGUUGUUUUACAAUUUUUGUAUGCUUUGAAAAGUAUUUUAUAUUAGCUUUAAAAAAAUAACAUUUGGGUCAUACUAUCUUUAUUUUCUUUAACGUAUAAUAACACUCACAUAUUUUAUAUCAAAAAUGAAUUUGAGCCCUGGCAGGUGUUGGAGCAUUGUCCCACACACCAAAAGGCUGCAGGUUUGACUCCCUGUCAGGGCACAUAUCCAGUUGCAGGUGUGAUCCCCAGUCCGGAUGCCCGCAGGAGGCAGCCGAUUGCUGUUUCUCUCUCACAUCGAUGUGUGUUUUUUUUCUCCCUUUCUCUCUUUCUUUCUCUCCCCCUUCCUCUCUCUAAAAUCAAUUAAAAAAAUAAAAAAUUUGAAGCCAAUCAUUAAAUUUUUCCUCAUUCCAAAAGAAAACCAGUUGAACUGAAAAUUUUAGGAUUUGCAUAAUUUUUUACUAACCAGGUGAUUAUUUUAUAUAAUGAUCAUUCAUUAGAGUAAUAAUUUUAUUUCAUGUUUGAGAACAAGCCUAUGUUUUAUCAAUAGAUACUAUCUUUAAUGAGCCAAAAUUAUUCCUUGUUUUUAAAUCCAGAGGAAGCUUAUUCUUUUAGUACUGGGCCUUUAAAAAAAACUGUGUCAAAUAAGCUUAGCAUAAAGUGUCUGAUGAGAACCACUCUGAUUAGGGAAUAUUGUCAAUUGUAUCAUAAUUACUUCCAUGAGAUGUAACCCUAGGGCUGUCUAUAUCCUGAUACCAUGUCAGAGAUUGCCAGUAUAAUCUGCUGUUAUCCUAAUUCUAGUGCUGCUAUACGAGUUAGUUUCAGAUUUGUGUCUUGACACUAACACAUUCCAAGGGAUAAAUAUGUAUCAUGAAAAUUUUUUUCAUGUAUGAAAUUAUUCUUGAUAUAUAAAAAGAUAUUAGAGGGGGAAAAAAGAUAUUAGAGGAACUGCUUGGCCGGUGUGAUUCAGUGGUUGAGCAUCGACCUAAGAACCAGGAAGUCACGGUUUGAUUCCCAGUCAGGGCACAUGCCUGGGUUGAGUGCUCGAUCCCAGUGUGGGACAUGCACGAAGCAGCCAGAUGGUGAUGCUCAUCAUUGAUGUUUCUAUCUCUUUCUCCCUCUCCUCUGAAAUCAAUAAAAAUAUAUUUAAAAAAAGAAGAUACUAGAGGAGCUUAAAUGUUUUCUGUCCAAGGUUUAAAAUGAGUAGAUUUUAUUUUGCAUACUGUUUUUCUAUAUCUAUCACUUUUAGGGAGGGUGUUUAGCCACAGAACUUCUCCAGAUUGGCUCUUGUUUGGGAAAAAAUCCAUAGUGGUUCUUACAUUACUGGAGAGACUGAAGUCUUAAAUAUUAGGCUUGGAAAAACUUGGUACCCGAGGAUUACAGAGAUAAUGCUUAACCUUAUUAUAAGGAUUAUUUAAAGUACAGAUAGACUAUGUGUUAUAAUAACAAAGCAUAAUUAUCUAAAAGUGUUGCAUUUCUCUUUUGAAAGUACAGAUUAUCUGACAAAGGAUUUGUAUUUAGAAUAAAGAACUCUUACAACUCAACAGUAAGAAAACAAUCCAAUUAAAAGUGAACAAAUGUUUUGAACAGUCACUUUACCACGGAAUACAUAUGACUUGUAAAUGAGCGUGUGAAAAGUGCUAAAGUUCAUUGGGCAUUAGUGAAAUGCAAAUUAAAACCAUAAUAAGAUACUAUUUCAUAGCCUUUAAAAUGGCUGCAAUUAAAAAGACAAUUGCGAUGGUUAGCAAAGAUAGGGAGGAACUGGACCUCACACUGCUGGUGAGGAUAUAAUUAAUGCAUAACCACUUUGGAAAACAGUUUGGUAGUUUCUUAAACAUGCACCUAAUUAUGGGACCCAGCCAUUCCACUCCUAGUUAUUUACCCAAAAGAAAAGAAAGCAUAUGUUUAUAUAAAGACUUGUAUGUGAAUAUUCAUAGUAGGUUUAUUUGUAACAUCUCAAAACUGAAAAUAACACAGUUUUGAUUAACAGGAUAAUAGAAAUAUUGUGGUAUAUCUAUACAGUAGAAUACUACUGAGCAAUAAAAAUGAAUGAACAAUUAAUGCAUGCAACAACAUGGAUAAAUUUAUUUCUUACUGUAUAGGAUUUGAGAAUUAAAAACAGAUUAAAAAGCCAUUUUAACAGUUAAUGAAACAACAAAUUCACUGAUUCAUUUGUAAUGAGUAUACAUUUUUUAGUAUUAAAUGGCAUUUAUAAGAUUUGAAUUUUUAAAUGUUACAUCUAAUCUAAGUAUAAAACUUUUAAAUCAGUUUAUUAGCUGAGGAAGUAUUGUCACAAGAAACUGCAUAAAACUGGAAUUUUAAAACAUAGUAGUUUAUUGAACACUAAUAGACAACUAAUUUUUGUUGUUGUUAAUCUUCAAGGAUAUUUUUUUCCAUUGAUUUUUUUAGAGAGAGUGGAAGGGAAAGAAGGAGUGGGGAGAGAGAGAGAAAAAAAUCAAUGUGAGAGAGACACAUCGAUGGGUUGCCUCCUGUGCACUCUCUGACCAGGCUGGGGGUCGAACCACUGAUCCAUACCGAUCGGGCAUAAUAGACAACUCUUAAAAAAACAUCAAACUAAUAAAUACUGGGUGUUGAAUUAGAUGUAAUAAAGAAACUAAGAUAAAUCUCAUGUGGACCUUGCUUUCUAGUUGUUUUCAGCCCUACUAGGGGAAAUAAUAGUCCUCUAAACAACCAAAUGAGAAAUUAGAGUGGUAAUAUCUUGAAUUGCUGAAUGGGAGUGUAGAGGAAAAGAGAAUUGACUUCCUGUCCAGGAAAUUAGAGGUAAAGCUAAAUAGACAUUGUGAAGGAGGUGGAAUUUCGGAAAGAAAGACUUGAAAUAUCAGCUGGUUAUUCACUUUUCAUGCCUUUUCUUGAAUCCAGACUAUCAUUGUUUAUAUCUAAAUAACAACAGUUAAUUUGAAACAGGUGAUUUGUAUGUUUGGUAUCAAGUGAUGUUUGGUACAUUUACUCUUGUUUAAAAGGUUCCAACAAUUAAAACAUGGACAACUCUUGAAAAAUAAUUUUAGACAUAAUGCCUUCUGUUCUUCUAGCCAUUAUGACUACUAAUUUAGCACAGAUUAAUACACUACAGCAUAAAUUUAAUGAGUAUAAAUUUUUAUGACUUACCCAGGCGAGGUGGCUCAUUUGGUUAGAGUGUUGUCUCUUACACCAAAAGGUUGUGGGUUUGAUCCCAGUUAGGGCUCACAUAGCAGGUAACAGAUCAAUGUCUCCCUCUCUCAAAUCAAGAAAAUCAUAUCCUCAGGAGAGGAUUAAAAAACAACAACAAAUAAAAUAUGACUCAAAUACAAAUAUUUGAUGUUUCUAGUAUUUUAGAAAAUUGUUACUAUAUAAACUUCUUAAUAAAAUGGCUUAUGUAUUAUUUUUUAUUGAA